GUCAUGCAUUUUGCCCAAUCCGCCAGUCUCCAGUCGCAAAACUGUAAUGCAAUGGCGGUUUCCUCUCGCUCUCUUGAUUACCACUGAUGGCGAAUGAUACAUAGUGUAGUCAACAGACAAAAAUAAGCGAGCAAUCGUCACGAUGGCCAGAUUCUCUCACUCACUCCAAAGCCGCCGAUUCGGACGAUUCAGUGGCAGCCAAAUCGACGCAAUCCUCCUCCUGCUGGGUGUCUCUCUCUACCUCGUAAGCGCGCCGAGUGCAGCAGGCGGCUACGAGCACGCGAACGUGAAGCACAAGCUGCUGAGAGGCUCACAAGCGUUGCGAGGAGCGCGGGUUGAGUGGCAGCCGGACCCGUCCAGGGUCGUGCAGAUCUCAACCCAGCCACGCGCUUUCGUGUACCAUGGGUUCCUCUCAGAUGCGGAGUGCGACCACCUCAUCGCACUCUCCGAGCCCAAGCUGUUUCGCCCAGGCACGCAAGCCAAUGCCACUUUCCUGAGGAAGUUCCAGGACGUAGACGUGAGGGCGAUUGAGGACCGCAUCUCAGCCUGGCUCUUCCUCCCCCGCAAGCCAACGGACCCCCAGCUAAUGAGGUAUAAUACGGGUCAGCAGUUCGACGUGCACUAUGACUAUUUCCAGCACAAGGAGGACAGGCAGGUGCUGCACCGGGCGGCAACCCUCGUCCUGUUCCUGUCUGAUGUGGAGUGGGGCGGCGAAGUCACCUUCCCCAAUGGCAAGCCUGAGCGCGAGCAGGACUUUGGCCCCGUCUCCGACUGCGCUAGAGGAAAGAUUGCAGUGCGGCCACGCAAGGGCGAUGCGCUGCUCUACUUCCACCUCACUGCCGACGGCUACAGUGACCCGAGCGCCUACAGAGAGGACUGCCCCGUUCUGCCUCAAGCCGAGCCCAAAUCCGCUGUAGAAACGGGCUUAGGGGCGCUUUUCAGGGGGGUGAGAGGUAGCACGGGUGGGGCCACUGGCAGCGAUGGUAGUGGCAUUGGCCAUCUCAACAGCAGAGGGAAACGCAGAGGGAAACGCGGUGAUGGUAGCAACGGGGGUGAUGCUGAGGGGAUGAAGUGGACGGCAGAGAAGUGGGUGCACAUGUUCAAGUACAUGACUCGCAGGAGCCUCCUGGACUGCACGGACGAGCACCCCAAUUGUGGCAUGUGGGCGGCGGGCGGCGAGUGCAAGAGGAACCCGGGGUACAUGGUGGGGGAAGGCGGGUAUGUGGGGAACUGCCGCAAGUCGUGCAAGGCUUGCAGCAAUUGAGAUGCGUUGUUGCAAGGCAUGAGGCAGUUUUUCUUCGUAGAAGCACCGAGUGAAUUCGCGGUCGUCCGAAGCUGUGUUGUACAUAGUAUGCUGUAUGAUUUUGGCCUUGGACUACCCCGGUUGUGACUCAUAGCGCGUACUUCAUCGAUAAUGCACAAGAACAAAAUAGAAGAGAACACUGGGAAUCCAUGGUAGGAGAAGGACGUGUUAGAGGUAGG